AUGGGGUGUAAAUUUAGUAAGGUGAAAAAUGAAAGAAGGAAAGAAGAAAAUCAGGAAGACACAGUCAACAGCGACGUCAACAACGAUGUGCUGAAGAUAUAUAGGAAGACCAAGGGGGGGUCCAACACGUAUAGGAAUGCGAAAAGGGAAAGUCGUAGAGAUAGGCGGAACGGUGUGUCCAGUAAUGCGUCCACUAAAAGGUGGGUCGCCAGCAGCGAUCUUGAAAAUGAAAAGAGCGACGGCCACUAUGUCGAUCCGCGUGAUGGUAGUAAGGAGGGUUCCUCCUCAGUGGGAUACAAAACUAGGGAGAGGAGAAAAAACAAACGGGGGGAAAAGGGACGGGGGCGCGAAAGGAAGAAUGAACAAGACAGCAGAUUUGAAGCGCACCGGGGAGAUGGCCACCUGCGGAGGGGAAAAAUGCGAAGAUCGCCCAGGGGGGCCAAAAUGAAGCACGCAGGGGGGAGAAGCGGUGAAGGGAAAAGCGGCGAAGGGAACGAAGUCGUGGGGAAGAGAGGCGGCGGGAAAAGCGGCGGCGGGAAAAGCGGCGGCGGGAACGAACUCGUGGGGAACACAGACGGGGGAAACGAAAACAACGUUGACAACAACUCCUUUACGGGAAUCAUAAAAACGAUCAACAACACACUCAUAAAGAGGAAAUCCGAAGCGCUGGGCAGAAAGGAAAAGGGAGAGUCGCCACCCCAUGUGGAGAAAAAAACCCUCUUUAGAAAAAAAAAAAUAAAAUUUUUGUACAAAACGAAAAAGGGGGAAAUAGGCACUAAAGGAGGGCAAAAUGAAGACCCAUAUGUUCCCCCGAAUGAAUCCAUCGUGGCACAGCGGAAGAGAAAAAAAAUAAAGGAAAGCUACAACUGCCUGGGGAGCAAAAAAAAAGAAGAACUGUUAAUGAGGGCCAUCAGAAAGAAUAAAGAACAGCUACUCUACUAUCACGAUUUUAGAAGUACCAUUUUGAGAAAAAACACUUUCCUACACAUUUACGAAUUUUACAAAUUCAAUUUAAACGUGUUUAAUUUGUUCUCCCUAAUGCCCAGCCAUAUUUCCGAGAAUGUUCAUGCGUCUAGGAUUUUGUUUGAGAGCUCUCUAAUAGGCAGAUACAUAAUUCUGCCGUGGAUCGAGAACGACCCCGACAUAAAGAACAAUUCGUAUGUAAAACAUGUGAAGCUUUUUUCGGAGAAGAGAAGGAAGCUGGAGAGGGAUGGCGCGGAGGACCUGCGAGGCAGGGAGGUCAACUUCUGUGGGUUCUUCAACCACAAUUAUGACCACCGGGGGGGCGGCAAAAAUGGGGAAGAUGGCCAACACGGCGAAAAUGGCCAACACGGCGAAAAUGGCCAACAUGACGAAUAUGGCGAAAAUAGCGAAAAAGGUCUCAACAACCGCGACCUCAACAAUCGCGACCUCAACAACCGCGGCCUCAACAGACGCAGCCCCAACCACCGCAACGACAGUGCCGGCGAGGAGAAAAAGACGAACGCGGGUGCAGACGAACACGCGCAGAGAUGCAACGCUCCCCACGAUAAACACACGUCGAAAAGUACGUCUAGACGCAUUUUAAAGAAAAAACUACGACUGUGCAAUAGAAACGCAGAGAGGGAGAAGGAGAAAAAAUACGUUAGUAGUAGAAACUUCAGCAUGGACAACCUGUUUAAGCUGCACCUGAGGAAGACCUCCACCGCACCGGCUAAAAAGCGGAGGUAUGCGAAAGAAGGUGUUAGUGUGCAAAACGGGGGAGCAAAAAGGGGCGCCACCAAUGAGAGAGACGCGGAAGGUAGAAAAGUCGCCACGAAUAGGGAAAAGCAGAACAGAAUUGAUCCCGCCGACGAAGGGAAGAGAGCAUCGUUAGAGGGUAGAGAGAGAAAGAAGGACCAACUGAAAAGGCAGAAUGGGGUAACCCUUCAAGAGGAAAGUUCGCCCGCGUUGAGGAGCAGAAAAACGGCUCAGAAAAGUGCGGAAAGGUACGCAGAAAAAUGCGCGGCAAAUUGCGCAGCAAAUUACUCGGCAAACCGCGUGACAAACCCGCUUGUGAAGGAGAACGGAGAGGCGGGCCAGGACGAAGGACCCCUUCGACAUAACGCCAACGGAGUGGUAACCGAACAGACGGAAAAAGAAAGGAGGAACCAUAAUAGCCCCCUCACUGCCCAAAUGGUAAUCGCGAGUAACAACCACGUGGAAUCCACAGGACAUGGCAAAAAGGAAGCGCUCAUCAGAAGGGAGGCAAAGAAAAAAAGCGAAACGAAAAAAAAGUAUAUCUCUCCGGAGGAGGCGAAGAAGGGGGAAAAGUCCACGCACGUGAAGAGAGGAAAAAAAGGAGAACCAGGUCUGCAGCCGGGUGUGCAGCGGGAUGUGCAACCCCUUUUGCCGAACAACAUGACAGUAGCGAUGAAUGGGAGAAACAUCGAAUCGAGGGUCGACACGGAAGGGAAGGGGAAGAAAAAAAAAACGGAUGGGAAAAAAAGCAAGAAGGUGGUAAAAAUUGGCCUGGCGGAAAAUCAAGUUAACGGAAUUAGCUGCCAUGUGGGGAGAAAAGAAGCCAAGGAAGAAGGGCGCCCCAGGAGUAGCAACAAUAAUAGGGAACCCCACGAUGGGGGGCACAUCAUCAUCAGGAGAGAAGAGGAAGACCCAGGGAAGUACUCCACACAUGCAAAGGAGAGCAACACGAAAGCGAUUAAAAAGGUUAAGAGACAAGUGGAAUGUCAUAAGAUGGCUCACCAUGAAGUAACCCCAGGAAGCAGACACCAAGGUGGUAAAGAUGGGGGUAGGGGAGUACAGAAGGGGGAUCCCAAGUUAAGGUACCAAAAUUUUAGCGAUAAUAACAUAAAAAAUGACAAAAAUGAAGGGGAAAGAAAAACACAUAUGAUUAGCAACAAAUUAGAAAGGAGGGAACAUCUGAGGAAAGAAAAACCCACACAAGAAAUUUGCCAUCAUAAGUAUAGACUAAACGAAAAUUCGAUAAAGAAAAAUUAUUUAAUGUGUAGAAAAUGUCACACAAAAAGAUGUAUAUAUCAUUACGUGAAUUGUUUUAAGCUAUACGGAUGGGUAGAUUACAAGUGGACCGAUCCUGAUGGGUACCUAGAGCUAAGUGUAAGGCAAAAAAAUAAAUUCCAUGGCUGGAAAAGACUCUCAGAAUUGUAUACCAACCCGAUCGUCAUGUCUACAGAUUUGUAUAAUAAUUGCAUAAGGCAAGGAUUUGUGGCAGAUUGUUCCUUUUUAUCUUCUCUAACUGUGCUGAUUGAAUAUGAGAGGAAGCACAAAGUCCCCGUUCUCUCGAGCAUCAUCUCUCCAUGCACAUCUAAUUAUGCACAUGGGAGUAAGACGUGGCCAAUUUUUAACCCCUGUGGAAUGUACAUCUGUAGAUUGCACUGUAAUGGGAUGCAAAGGAAAAUUAUUAUUGAUGAUUAUGUUCCUGUGAAGGAGAACAAUUCUUUGCUUGUUGCUUAUUCGAAUAAUCAGAAGGAGCUUUGGGUCACUUUGCUUGAAAAGGCUUUUGUCAAAUUGAUGGGCGGUUCGUAUUCCAUGUAUGGGUCCAACCCCGGCUCCGAUUUGUACUACCUGACUGGGUGGAUCCCCGUGACCAUUUCGCUCAAGUCGAAGAUUAGUAGCUCCCCUCCGUCGUUCGACCGCCUCACGGCGCACACCGCGCCGAACCAGGUCAGCGCACUGGACGUGUUGAACGUGUUCAACGCGUAUGACGCUUGUGGUGGUUCCCCAGUGGAGCAGUACAAACGUGGAAGAUGUAUGAAAAAGGGGAAGAAAACAAAUGGGAUGAAUCCCAAACGGGGUCACUACAACUGCGUUGGAAGAGGUCAAAAUGGAGCCUUCCUCUCUGCAGGUGGGGAACUAUACACGAAAAGGGGCUGUGCACACCCGCGGUACGACUUCCCCGUGGGAGCCAACCUGAGCAUCCACCGAUUGGGCAAAAGUAGGAACUGCCACCCAUCACGUACUGCUAACUGGUCAAAGUGUGAAAAGCUGAAGGUGUAUUGGCGAAUGCGCCAUUUGUACGCAAUGGAGAAGCGAAAGGGGCAAAAAUGGAGGGGGAAGGAAAAAUCGAGAAAGAUAGAAAAAAGGGCCAAGUGCGCCAUUAAAAGGGUAAGCAGUUCCCGUGGAACGACUGCCAUGGAGACGCAGCGGAAGAGAACCCCGAUGGAGGGAAAUCCCCCGCGCGGCACCCUCCAGAGGAGCAAGAAAAUCACGCGCUGGGUAAGAAGCGUAGAGUGGCUAAGGAACACCCCGAAGGAAGCAACCCCCGACUGCGAAGUUAAAGUGAGGCAAGCGAACCAAUUUCUGUGCGAAGCAGUGAGUAGCAUGGACCUGUCCUCCUACGUGUGCGGGUCAGCCGAUCAGUACAGCUACUUAAACCAAAAAGACGAUAGCUCCGUUUUGAUCGACGACGAGUUUGAAGAAUAUGAUGAGAAGUGGGACAUCAUAUGGAACAACAUUUACGAUGGGAUAAAAAAAGGGAAGUGUGUGGUUUGCUUGGGUACGCUAGAAUUAAAGGACGCGGCACCAUCAGGGCUGGACUACCCAGAAGGGGUCUCCCUCUCCACUGGAAUUGUAACGAGACACGCCUACUCCAUUUUGAACAUCGAAACGUAUAACGGGGAUAAGUUGCUCUACAUAAAGAACCCAUGGGGGUGCAUCCGGUGGAAGGGGAAGUACUCUCAUCAUGACGAAGCGACGUGGACGAAGGAAGUGCAAAGGAAGUUAAAUUAUUCCAUUGAGAAGGCUAAAGGGAAAGAUGAUGGAUGCUUUUGGAUCCCCUGGAAAGAUGUCAUCAAACAUUUUUCGCACAUUUAUAUUUGCUGGAAUAGUGUAAUCUUUCCGUACCAGUUUGAAAUUCACACCAAAUGGGAGAACAGUGUGUAUUUGAAUAGCUCCAUUUUGCAAGACGACACCCACCUGGUGGCUUACAACCCCCAGUUUGCCCUACACGUGAAUGUGGAAAAACAGGACUUGUCCGAAGAUGGUUUACACUAUAUAGGGAAGAACCCCAUAGAAAUAUGGAUCCUUCUGUCGAAGCACGUGAAGGAGAGAAAAUCAGACGCUUCCCAGAAAUACCUAGCGCUGCAUAUCCAUUCAGGAAAGGAUCGAAUUGUUUGCCCCUUGUUUCCUAUUAAGCAAGGAAUAUACUCCAAUGGGGAAUGUGCCUUCACCAAAUUGGUCAUCGGAGGAGAGGACGAAUGUUUUAAUAACUACCUUGUGAAUAAGAGCCCCUCGAAAAAGGACCCAUCUGAUGCCCCCAAGGGUGGCGAUCCAAACCAUACGGAGGAGGGACACACGCACAGCAAUAAUGAUAGUGUAAAUGUAAACUCAUCGGGAGAAAGUCAGCCGGAAAUUUUAAGAAUCGUCGAUUUUGUUCUAAUCGUAUCGCAGUACUCACAGAAGGAAGAAUUUAACUUUACGUUGAAGGUAUUUAGUCAUACGCAUCUUUCCAUAUAUGAGUUACCACCAAUGUUACCAGAAAGUUACGACUCUCUUUAUUUCAAAGGGCAGUGGACAAGCAAAUGUGCAGGAGGGUGCUCGAACAACUUGUGGUCCUACUUUAGAAACCCUCACAUACGUUUUUAUGUUCCCGAAGAUUCUACAUUUUGUAUUUUCCUCGAGUGCUCCCAAGAACAUUCAGUCAAUUUGAGAAUCUUCAAAGGAGUGACAUCAUCCCCGAGGAGUUUAAAAAAAGGAGAAAUCAUAUCCAGUGGGGCAUACAAAGCAGGUUGUUGCUACGUUGAAUGUACGCUGGAGAGUGGGUUCUACUGCCUCAUCCCAUCCCUAUAUAGAGCCAACGUGACGGGGGAUUAUCAAAUAUGCAUUCACUACCCUAAAUCGAAGCAGAAGCCAGUCCUCCAUUUUAUCCCCUACUGUUAUGUUGUUCCUCCUCUUUCCUUUUUUAAAUACCAGCUGGUACAUUUAUACUCUUUAAAAAAUUACUCCAUCAUUUUGUUCCACUGCUCAUCCGUCACCCAGCUGUCACUUCGGGUUACCUUCUUUGAGCAUAUGAACAUUAAGGGGAUUCCUUUUGUAAACGUUUACAAGCUUGUCGGCAGCACAGAUUCGUAUGCGAACGAUUUGGAGGCUGGAAAUGUCAUGAGGAACAAUCUAUUCAGCUCGCACAUUUCUCAUAAUAGAUAUGUAUACAAGAUUAUACAGAAGUGUAACAUCCAUGGUGGGCCAGGCUAUGACAUUCUCCCUCUUUCCACUUGUGCGUAUGAUUACUACAUCAAAUUUAAUUCCAUUUUGAUUCCGCUGGUGCAGCUGGAUAGUGAGCACACCUCGUAUUUGCUGCUCAUCACCACGAACAUGAAGGAGGACAUUCUCUACAACCACGAGGUGCACUUUGUUUCGGAGAAGCAGCUUUCAGUCGACACGUGUUACCCGGUGCAGUCGUGA